GCAAGCAAUGAGUCCGAAGUGAAGGCAUUGAAAGCACAGCUCAAGUCAGCCAUCGAUUCAAUGCAGACAAUGAAUGAAGAGAUGGAAAGUUUGAGACAACAAUUGAUAACAUCUGAGAAGAGCAGUAAUCAAGAAAUGGUCACAGAAUUGAGUGAAUUGUCGGAUCAAACAAGUGAAGAGUUGUCGGCAUUAAUGUCAUCAAAACAUAUCAUUAAAUCGGAAGUCAAUACUUUGGCUCAAGAACUCAGUGCACAAAAUAUUAGGCAUUCAUUGAGUGAUUCGUCGUCCAGUUGUUCAUCGAUCGGAUCCCACAAUCAAUUGACCACUAAUUCAGACAAAACCAGAGAUGAGAUCAAUAGUGGGGAA